ACUUGUUUAUUAUUUAUCUGUUGAUGAUAGCCUUUAAUGAAGCUGUUUUUAAAUGCGCUCGUGACGCCGAUCCGCUGCCCUCGCGCGAGCGGAUGAAUGUCUUGUAUCUAUAUGUAGCCUUCAUGCAAAAAGGAGAGAGGAGAGGGAGCGCGUGCAGCUAGAGACCAAAUACAAUAGAUCAAACCAAAUACUACAGAAAUCCAAAUAAGACUUUAUAUAGAGAGAGGAAAAAUAACUCCGCUGGCCUUUUUUUUACACAGUCUCGUCUCGUUUCUAUGUACUAUCAUUAUUUACUGUGCUGUUUUUAAAAAAAAGAAUUUGCAAAGCGAAUACCAAAGCUACAGCCCGGCCGGUGAUGCUACACGGGAGCGGGCUAGCGACUGUUCUCAUGCCUUUUCACACCUAUAGGAAACACUGCUGGUGAGGAGCGAGAGGACAGAAUAAGCUCCCGGGCCUCUUUUUUAUGUUUACUCAAGGAGAACGCUUUAGCAGAGAGACGCAGGUGCAACGACAGACAGGUGACACGCAGCCUUUUAUUACCGAACUACUACAAUAGGCCUGUAAUUGUAACACAACUUUUUUUUUUCCUUCUUUUCCUGUAGCCGGUUAGAAGUGAGCUCCGGUCUCUCCCCGUCUAUCCGUCUGUGUGUUAGUCUGGACCGCACUCAAGGGGACCAUCCGGCGUAUAUGUUUCUAUGCACGUUUACACCAAAACUGAAGCCUCACAUGUAAAUAAAAAAAAGGAAAAGAAAAGAGAAAAGUGCGUAGCCGGGCUACAUGUGUACACACAGCUCUCCAUACCAAAUAUCCCCCCGAAAGCUGUCUACCAGAGAAGCGGACGAAGACGCACAGAAGCUCCAGAAGAGGACAGAGCUGAUAGCAGUGCUACUUCUGUCACAUUAUUUGCAUCAAAACAAGAAGCCGGAGGAAGAUCAUGUUUGUUCCCUUGCCGGUGCCGUUCGUGUUUCAGAGAACUGCCCCUGACCUCAACGCCUGGCGUCUCAAGUCCCCUCUGGCUCUCCGCUCCAACUCCGAUAUCAGGAUGUCAAAGCCAGUAGAGGUGGAGAAAGUCGGGGCUGACUCACCACUGGAGGGCACAGAUUCAGAGCGGAAUGGACCUGAAUCAAAUCACCAGGCUCAGUCAAUGAAAGUCAAUCCCUUUCCCCUUUCACCAGCCCUGAGCAGCAGCAAGACUAAAAUGGAGGAGUGUGGUGAGAUGUCCCCGGCCCUUCCUCUCUCACACGGCCCGACCCCCUCACAGACGGCCCUGCAACACACACAGCUCAUGCUGACCGGCUCCCAACUAGCAGGGUUGACAGCUCUGUUGCCAGCCCAGCAGCAGUUGUUGCUGCAGCAGGCUCAGGCGCAGCUCCUGGCUGCAGCUGUGCAGCAGUCCAGCGCAGCCCACGCUGCUCACGCUGCCCAUGCAGCCGCCCAAGCCAAUCAGCAAGCUCAGGCAGCCGCAGCAGCAAAUCAGCAAGCCCAGCAGCAGCAGCAGCAGCAGCAGCAGCAGCAGCAGCAGGCGGGACAGACAGGGCAGCAGGCCCAGUCGCAGUCCCAGGGACAGGGACAGAGCACACAGGAACAGACAGGCCAAAGUGUCCCUGUCCCACCUCCACCGCCACAGCUCACCCUCUCCCAGCCAAUCCAGCUCACCGCCCAGGACAUCCAGCAGUUGCUGCAGCUUCAGUCGUUGGUGCUGGUGCCCGGCCACCCGCUCCCGUCUCCGGCCCAGUUCCUCCUCCCACAGCCACAGCAGGGCCAGCAAGGACUCCUAUCGACACCAAAUCUUAUUUCGCUACCUCAGCAAAACCAAGGGAGCCUGCUGUCUGCUCCAACCAGAAUGGGACUCCAAGCACAGCGAGAUAAGAGUGUGGAGGUGAGCGGCGGCGGAGGCAUGACCACAGUGCCCUCGGUGACCUCACACCCCGAGGAGCCCAGUGACCUGGAGGAGCUGGAACAGUUCGCCCGCACUUUCAAACAGAGACGCAUCAAACUGGGCUUCACACAGGGAGACGUUGGCCUGGCCAUGGGGAAGCUGUAUGGCAACGACUUCAGUCAGACCACAAUCUCCCGCUUUGAAGCCCUCAACCUGAGCUUUAAGAACAUGUGCAAGCUGAAGCCACUGCUGGAGAAGUGGCUCAAUGAUGCAGAGACCAUGUCUAUAGACAGCACCCUGCCCAGCCCCAGCUCCCUGACCUCGCCCUCCAUGGGCUUCGACGGGCUUCCUGGACGCCGCAGGAAGAAGAGAACCAGCAUUGAGACGAAUGUACGUGUGGCCCUGGAACGCGCAUUCAUGACGAACCAGAAGCCUACCUCAGAAGAGAUCCUGCUGAUCGCCGAGCAGCUCAACAUGGAGAAGGAGGUGAUCCGGGUCUGGUUCUGCAACCGCCGGCAGAAAGAGAAACGCAUCAAUCCCAGCAGUGCCACCCCUCCCCUGCCCAGCCAGCCCCCCACUGCCCCACCUACGCACAAACCGCCCUGCUACAGCCCUCACAUGUUCUCUGUCCCUCUGUCUCUUUGCCAGAUGUCCAGCCAGCUGUCGCAGGCCGUGACCAGUCACAACAGCACAACAGUGACCACCAUGUCCCCCAUCUGCCCCCUGACUUCCAGCCUCACCUCCACCCACCCCUCCCUCAGCUCCGCACCCUCCCCGGUGACCCCUCCUCCUCCUCCCCGCAGCACGGCCAGCCCAGCCACUCCCAGCCACAGCACACUCAACCUUAACACAGGCUUAUGGCGUAUGGGUAAAAAGAACGGUGACGUGUCUAACUACAUCACCGAUUUUGCUGCAAACUUGAGGAACACUGUGAUGGGAGUUAACACAGGGAUGAGCCAAGCCCUCCUAGGUAACAAUCCCCUGGCCACUAUCCAAGCCCUAGCAGCCAGUGGUGGCCAGCUGCCUCUUUCCAGUCUUGAGGGGGCCAGUAAGGUGAUGCUGGGGGCCUCAGCGGGCCAGGGAGGAGGCCUCCCCUCCUCCCUCUUCCUCAACCACCCCGCCCUCCUCCACAUGGGCCAGAACCCCGGCGCUGGACUGAUCAGCGCCGCCGUAGCCAAAGCCUCCCAGCAAUCCCCCUUCCCCUCGGCCAGCAGCAUCAGUCCCACUCCUUGCUCUCCCUCCCCUUGCUCCAGCCCCGUCUCUUCCUGUUCCUCCAGCGAAAUGGCACACAGCCCGCCCUCUCUGGGCGGAGCCAAGAUUGAGUGACCGCGCCCAAGGGCCAAAUCAGAGAGGAGGAGGAAGAAGGAAACAAGAACCUCGCCUUUCACACCAAAGCUAUCUCUUUCUCUCUCUUGCGCUCUUCUUCCGUUAUUUUUCUAGCAAUGGCUCUCUCUCUCCGUCUCUCCCAGUCUUUCGAUGCCAAAAAUACACAGAAUGAAAGAGGAGAGAGGGAGGGAAAGAGGUGAAAGAGGGGAGAAGUGGGAGAAAGGGGAAGAUUGAAACCAAAAAUCUUUAUCUAUCCAAACCGACGGGGAGGAGGCAACGUGGGACCUUUUUGUCAAUAACACGUGAUAUCGACAUGGCGCCUCACCGAUCUUCCUCUCUGAAGGAAAACAAACCAAUGACUCUUUGACUAAGAGAUGGAAGAGACGGCGGAGAUGCAUGUCGGAGUGCAUAAACCAAAAAUGACAAAAGACAACUUUUAAUGUGACGAAGGAAUGGCGGCAAGGACAAAAAAAAAGAAAACGAAGAGGAGGACUGUGCUUACAUUUUUCCUUUCUUUUAAAUUAUCAUUUCGAAAAGCUGCGGGUCUGAAGGAAGAGGAGUAGGGAGGAUGAGUUUAAACCAAAAAUUUACCUGAGGAGGAGGCGGAGGAGGAAAUACACAAUGACAAAAAGACAAAAAAAAAAAAAACGACAACCAUACCAAAAUCCCAAAUACCAAAAACCAAAAAUACGGAGAGAAAAGCUUUAUUCAAAGGACGUGUAAAUACUGAAGCUAUCCAGGACCAGGACUCUACUGCUACUGCUACUGCUACUCACACACACACAAACACACACACACUCCAUCCUGCCAUCCGCUCAUCCUGUUUGUGUCAGCUCAUGUGUCUCUCAUAGGUUUUUUUCACGCUUGCUAUAAAUAUUUUAUUUUAAAUUUUUUUGGAUGAUUUUGUAAAAAGAUUGUUACCGAGCGAGCUCAGGAGCUCGUGAGUUCUGCUGUAUCUCCAUGUGUUAGUCUCUUUACUACCUCUGGUUCUAAGAGCAUAGAAUAGUUUCAUCCUCUCGACUUUUCAUUUCAGAUUUCCCUCGACAGAGGCUUGUUACUCAGCAUCUAUUUUUUACAUUCUGAGAAGUACAGUUUGUUUUUGUUUUUUCAAUUAUUUAUUAGUGUCAUUUUACAAUCCAGCUCCUAUUUAUUGUUGCAGCCUUUUUUUUUUUUAAAGUGUUUGCUUUUUGCGGAUUUGAGAUGUCAUCAUCAUCAUCGUCAGCGUCAUCAUCGUCUUCAUCGCGUGCAUUUGUGUUGUCAAUGUCUGUUUUGUUUUUUUAUGUGACUAUUCUGUAGGAACAGAGGUGACAAGGGGCGCAGAGAUGCUCACCAAGUGCCAUAGAUCCAAAAUAGAGUUGGCACACUUUACUGCGAGUUGAUUUCAAGGUGUGAGUGAAUUCAUUUAAGGCCUAAACAUGUGACAUUGUGUGCUCUCAAUCAGACCACUCUUCCCUCACUUCUUAAAGAUAACCCAUUAUCGGCGAGUCCACGGCUAAAUGAACAUGCCCUGGGAAAAACUACACGCGCCGAAGACGACGUUUGUUAAGAAUGGCGACCGCUUUGAAAGUAUGAAAUGGGGCCGUGAUUGGAGAUUUAAAGUAAUAACUGUUGAGACUGGAGGCUAAAUAAGUCAAUAAAGCCAAGUUUAGUCACAGCC